UCCAGGCCCCUCCAGAGCAGCAGCGGCUGGUGGAGAAAUGGAGGCGCAGGCCUAUUGUGCCAAGCUCUUGGGGGAGUUGAAUGAGCAGCGGAAAAGGGACUUUUUCUGUGAUUGCAGCAUCAUCGUGGAAGGGCGCAUCUUCAAGGCCCACCGGAACAUUCUGUUCGCCAACAGUGGCUACUUCCGCGCCCUGCUCAUUCACUACAUUCAGGACAGUGGGCGGCACAGCACGGCCUCCUUGGACAUCGUCACCUCCGACGCCUUCUCCACCAUCUUAGAUUUCCUCUACUCUGGGAAGCUGGACUUGUGUGGUGAGAAUGUGAUUGAAGUUAUGUCAGCCGCCAGCUACCUGCAGAUGAAUGACGUGGUCAACUUCUGCAAGACCUACAUCCGGUCGUCCCUUGACAUUUGCCGGAAGAUGGAGAAGGAGGCCGCUGUGGCUGCAGCCAUGGCAGCCGAGGCCGCGGCCGCCGCUGCAGCUCAUCAGAUAGACAGCGGAAGUCCGAGUUCAGGACUGGAGGGGACUUCCUGUUGUACCAAGAGCUUCGUCUCCUCCCCAGGAGAGGGAGAAGGGAGCGUGGAGUGUAUACGAGCAUCCCCUUGCGAGGACUGCCAUCCCUUGGAGCUGGUCGUGAGAGACAGCCAGGGCUCUGGCGCCUCCGACCGUGACCUUUCUGUUGUGCCCAGGCGGGUUGAACCCAAGGUGGAAUUUGAUAUUGCCAGAGUGGAGGGGGAGGCCGGCGAAGGGCUGCAGCAGUAUGUGACCCCCCUGGCCCACGCGGAGCAAGGCCUGUCCAGUAACCAGGCCUUGGACUUGACGUAUAGCAACUACCAUGUGAAGCAGUUUCUGGAGGCUCUCCUGCACGGUGGUGCUGUCCAGAGCAAAGAGGACGCCGAUCGUCACUUUUCUCAUAGUUUGGAGGGGAGACUGGAAGGGGCAGGAGUGGCCAUGAGUUCCGUGAUGGACGUUCAGAAUGACUGGUAUAGAGAGGACUCGGCCUCACCUUCAGUCUUCCACCUGCUGAAGUCCAGCUUCAUGGAUUAUCAGUUCCUGAAAAACAAGCCCUACUCCAAAGCAGUGCGUGGCAGAAAGACCUACGGGAAAUGUGGGGCGUGCCAGUGGCAGACACAGGGCACGAUGUCCUUUCAACCCAUCCCGCUGGUACUGGAACCUGACCUUCGCAAAGGAAAUAAGACGGGAAGGAUGUGCCAGGAAUGGGCACCUACAGAUGGGCCGGGUUACAUGAGGGAACAGGGACCUCCUUCAACCCAACCCCCCACGCCCCCCACUCCCUCCACGCCCCCCAGCUGCCUGUCUCCAGAGGGCAGCAACUGGCCCCUUUCCCUGCACUCCUCAACACCCUGGGUCCUUCUGCAGCCUUUCCCGACCACUCUGAAAGCGACACUCUCACCCGGUCCCUCUGGACCCAAAGGACCUAUCAUAUUGCUGAUAUUGCUUAGCCUCAGCCACAGGACCUGGCUAAAGGCUGCGGAGGGACUGAAGGAGGGCCAGGGCGAUGCCGCCCCCUCCCAGGGUCCGCUAGGCAGCUAA